AUGGCUCGUGCAACAGUUCUGCUGCUGUGGAUCGUCGCAGUGGAAGCUUUCCAAAACUCCUACCGUGUCAAGCAGGAACGCUUCGACACGGAAUACUACGAUCCGAAGUUGGUCACCGUCGCGACGGGCGUCUACAAGUUCAAUCGCACCACUAACUCGAUUAAUAUCACGUUCACAUUACACGAGGAGCUAACUGAGCGAGAUAUGUGCGUGGUGAGAGGCUUCAAGUGGAUGAGCAACCAGUACCGCUUGGACAUCCUGCAGUUUGAGUACACCAUCAAGAACGUCAUCGGCAUCAAGUACUUCGACAUCGGUCGACUGCUGCGCAACCACACCGAUCCGCCGUUGGAGUGGCCGAUCCAGAGGGGGAUCGAGUACAAAAUGCGCGAUUGGGUUCCUGAGAGUAGUCAAUUUCCGCCGGGUAUGCCCGAAGGAAGGUGGAAGUUGUCAUUACAAUUCAUUAAGGCCGAUAAGACUCAGAUUGCCACGAUCAACUGGUACGUCGCCUUGGAGUACAAGGUUAAGAUGGAAGAUGACUGAGUACUUUUUUCACACUCCUGGUAAUCUUUCCCAGACCUCACUUUCAUAACUUGGUACCAGGAGAUCAUAAUAAACGAGAAUGUAUUAAAUUGAUGUC